GGGCUCGAUCCUUUUCCUUUCCCGAUCUUUGCUGGACCAGUUUCUUCCCAGCAUCCGAUUGCCGAGCAUCCUUCCUCCUCCUCCGGGCCUUCCUCGUUCUCCCUUUUCCUCUCUCUUGGAUCCGGAUGGAUGGCGACCCGAUACUUCCUCGGCGGCACCAUGAAGCAGAUCUGCUUUUGUGCCGCCUCCUCCUUUGCGAGCCAGGACUGGAGCAAGAACGACGAGAAGCUCCUCCAAGCCGUGGAGUACAACGACGCCGACCGGGUCUCCUCUCUGCUCCUCCGGAAAGGUCUGGUCCCCACCAAGCUGGACUCCGAAGGGAAAUCAGCGUUCCACUUGGCCGCCACGAGAGGAAACGUGGACUGCCUAGAGGUGAUGCUGGCCCACGGAGCCGAUGCCAUGACCAUCGACGGAUCAGGCUUCGCGGCGUUGCAUCUCUCGGCGAAACACGGCCACCCGCAGUGUGUGAGCAAGCUCUUGCAGGCUUCCUGCCCGGUGGACGUGGCGGACGGUCAUGGGAGGACGGCAUUGCACCACGCAGCGGUCAACGGCUGCAUCUCCUGCUUGGAGAUCCUCUGUGACUUCAAGGCCUCCUUGAACACCAAGGAUCAGGAUGGGGCCACUCCACUCAUCCUGGCGGCGAAGAUGAGCCAUUCGGAGCUUUGCCGGUAUUUGUUGCACCGCGGGGCUGCUGUCAACGCCAGAGACCAGAAAGGCCGAACAGCCCUGAUGGCGGCCUGCGAGAGCGGCAGCGUGGAGACGGUGGAGGCCCUGGUCCAGGGCGGGGCCAAGGUCGGGCUGGUGGACGCCACCGGACACGACGCAGCGCAUUACGGCGCGGCCACCGGCAACGCCCUCAUCCAGCACUACCUGCAGGAGGCCGUCCAACGCCACUCCUGGGCCAGCGAAGAAUCCACAGACUUAUCCUCACAGGCCUCUUCUCCUGGACAAUCUCUGGCCAAAGGGAAGAACAACAGCCCCAGAAAAAGGAAGGCUCCGCCUCCUCCUCCCGGAAACUCCAGCCAGCCAGUGUCCCACCCACACGAUGACCAAGGCACGUCUUCGGUGGAGCGGAGUCACCGAGUGAUCACGGCCAAGCCGGCGAGGACUCACCAUUCCCCCGCUGCAGUUGAAGCGGAGGACCGGGAAGCCUACGAGGAAAUCGUGAGGCUACGUCAAGAGAGGGCUCAGUUCCUGCAGAGAAUCCGCAGCCUGGAGCAACAGCAGGAGAAGCCGAAGCAAGAGCAACCAGGGUUGGAAGACGGUGCUUUGCGUACUUUGGAGAAGCAGGUUGAAGAUCUUCAUAAGCAACUGGCGGAGAAGGAAAACCAAGGCAAGGAGCUGGAGGCGCUCCGGAGCCGCCUCUCGUCUCUAGAGAACGAGAAGGAGAACACCAGCUACGACAUCGAGACGCUGCAAGACGAAGAAGGCGAGUUGCUAGAGUUUCCAGGAGCCGAGCUUCUGCUGUCGAAAAAGAGCUGGAGCGUCUCGACCGAAGACCUUUUGGCCACCUUGCAAGGCCAAGUCCAGUCCCUGACCCAGAAGAAUCAAGAGUUGAUGGAGAAAAUACAGGUCUUGGAGAAUUAUGAGAAAGACGAGACCGAUGCCGACAUGGACGCCUCGGGCGACUUCAUCCCCAUCAUCUUGUACGAUUCGUUGAAGUCUGAAUUCGACCGGUUGAAGGAGCAGCACGCGGAAACCCAGUCGGUCCUGAAAACCUUUGAGGAUGCUGGGUCGGAGGAGAGCUCUUGCAAACUGGUUCCCGCAGAGGCUUACGAGCAGCUCAAGGCCGACCACGAGAAGCAAAUCAAAGCGCUCCGGGACACGUUGGAGAAGUCCUCAGCCAAUCAGCGCAGCGGAGAUCAUAAUUCCGAAGGCAAUCCUGGUUCGGAUGGCAAAGGACAGUUAGAAACGUUAUCCGAAGAGCUCCGAUCGACGCGGGAGAAAUACGAAGCGGCCGUAGAGGAAGUGAAGGUCCUCCAAGAGCAGAUCUCGCUGGGCAUCUUCUCGGUGGAGGACAGUGAGAUGGAGGACGUCAAAACGGCCCUGCGUCAAGCUCAGGAAGAACUCAAGGAGCGGGACCGAAAGGUGACGGAUCUCGAACAACGACUCGCCGAUGAAGAGAAGACGAAGGCCUCCUUAGAUAAGGUCUCCAAGGAGAAGGAGGACCUCCUGGUGCGCUGCAGCUCCGCCGAAGCCGAGACAAAGCAACUGCGGGAAUCGUUGCAGGAGCUCGAGGAGGUCCAAGGGAGCGCGACGGAGAGUCUCCGGGAAGAAGCCGGAGCGUUGAGGCAACAACUGGAGGAUGCGACGAAACGGCGAGAAGGCGCUGAAGCGCAGGUGGUGGGUCUCAAGGAAAAGCACCAAGUCUUAGAGACGGAGCUGAAGGCCACCAAGGAGAGGGUGGCUUCCGAGUUUGUGCCGAAGACGGAGCACGAGGAGGUGGUGAAGGAGCUCAAGGGUGAGCUUUCCGCGGCUGAAGAGAAGUUGACGCAAGUGA